AUGUCCUCCUUCAUUGUCGACCUCUGGGAGUCAAUCUUUACCCCGGGCCCGACGCCCACUCUCGUCCUCGCAACCAAUGCGACCUUUGGAGCGCUACAGCUCCUCCUCCUAGCCCUCCUCGUCUUCACCUCUUCCAUCCAUUUCGCCAUCCUCUCCGUCCUAUGCGCAGGCCUGUGGUACAGCAUCAACUGGUUUGCCCGCGAAGUGCAGGCCGCGAAAGCCGCCGAAGACUCCUCCAAAUCCCCAUCUUCUACCGAAAAAGACCCAAAAACCACCGCCCGUCAGAUCAGUCCGGAUCCUACGGGCAGCGACACGGAAACCGAGGCUGACGCGAUCCCCACAACUACCACCACAGGCGCGGACAUUGCAGGCCCAGGCGCGCAACGUCGGAAGCCUCCACCGCCCCAACCUGGUGCCGCGCCUGUACCGCCACCCACGGCACCAGCUGCCGCAGACCCAACACCAUCAAGCACACUUCUACAGCCCAAACCGCCUACACCCAAUCCUGGCCUGGAUGGAUCACAGGACCUCGGUCAGCGGCGACGCAGUCUGGGCGAUAGCUCCGAUUACGUCAGCACCGACAGCGAGUGGGAGAAGGUGAGCGACCAGGAGACGAAAUGA